GUGAUAUGGUCCUUGACUCGUCUCUCAAAGCACUUCAUGAUGACGGAAGUGAGUGCUACGGGGCGGUAGUCGUUUAGCUUAGUUACCUUAGCUUUCUUGGGAACAGGAACAAUGUUGGCCCUCUUGGAGCAUGUGGGAACAGCAGACUGGGAUAAGGAUUGAUUGAAUAUGUCCGUAAACACCCCAUCAGUAUAGUUCAACACACAGGCUUGUACAAUUGACCUCUUAAUAGUUGUAAUGUGUCGACACUGAUCCUUAAUCUCAAGCUAAAGCAAAACAUCAAGCGUUGUACUUUCGUAAUUACAGGUGUUCUUAAGUAACAGUUAGUAUGUCUUUUCCACACCCAAGCAUCUUCCUAUAAUGUACAGCUAUUAUAAAAUUCAUUCCAGUGACCUGCGCAGAAUUCAUCAUGACUGGUGUGGCGAAGACAUGUCAUCACUGUCUGUCUAAGAUGGCCAGUAAUGCCUACUUUGUGGUGGGACUUCUGUUCUUUCUUGCCGUUCCUCUCACCAUGGCGUUUGUAGGUGUGAAGUCUAUAGACGACUGCCCUGUUCAGCCAAUGAUUCCUCUCUACCUGCUGGUGGGCGGGGUUAUUGGCAGUGUAAAGGUCACGCUGCUCCUGUACGACACCACCCGCAUGAGGUCGCUCAUCUCCAAGUCGGUCGUCAUCGGCGACGACGAUGCCGACGAGUAUCCAUGGAGACAGAACGCAAACAAGUAUUACGUGCACGUCAUCCUCAGCCUGUUCCUGUUCGUCUGGUUCCUCCUGGGGAACUACUGGGUGUUCUCUGUGUUCCAGCCUAACUUCAUCACACCCUUCCACCAGCCACAGGACUACUGCAGGAAGUCUCUGUACCUAUUUGCUGUGUUUGUGUUGACGCUCAGCCACACCGUGCUGCUCCUGCUACUCUGCUGUGGGGUCUGUUUACACGUCUGCUCUCAGACCAGCACCAGGGACGACUACGAGGAUAGUGAUGAAGACUGAGUGACUGACUGGCUGGCUGGAUGACUGACUCAGAGAAGCAUACAGAUGUAGGAUUUUAAUUUGAUCAUCCUGUUUUUGCAGGAAUAUUCCUGCGCAGCAGGAAAUACAAGCUUGUAGUGUAUCUGAGUUUUAAAAGGGCUUCUGAAGUUUGUAAUUUCCACUUUGAAAUUUCAGACUUGAUUUUCCCUUACAAAAAUUAUACUGUAAUGUCCAGUAAUUAUAAUCCACAUAAUAAUUUACAUUUCCUGUAUAUUUUCCUUCUGUAGCAAACUGUCUCAAAUAAAGAUCCUACAUCUGUACAGAAAGAUUGUAGAGCACUGGGGCAUUGCAGUUAGAUGGUUCUGUAGUUAGUAGAACAGUGGAGCAUUGCAGUUAGAUGGUUCUGUAGUUAGUAGAACAGUGGAGCAUUGCAGUUAGAUGGUUCUGUAGUUAGUAGAACAGUGGAGCAUUGCAGUUAGAUGGUUCUGUAGUUAGUAGAACAGUGGAGCAUUGCAGUUAGAUGGUUCUGUAGUUAGUAGAACAGUGGGGCAUUGCAGUUAGAUGGUUCUGUAGUUAGUAGAACAGUGGGGCAUUGCAGUUAGAUGGUUCUGUAGUUAGUAGAACAGUGGGGCAUUGCAGUUGGAUGGUUCUGUAGUUAGAAGAGCAGAGCGACAGGUGAGGUUGGGUGUGUAACGUUGGGGAGAUAUGAGCGCAGGGAAAGACUCACCUUAGCAUAACUAACAGAAGUUCUAGGCCUAGACAGUUACACUAGGAAAAAAGAGUCAUUCUGGUGGCGGCUCCCAAACAAAUCUGUGAAAUCUACAUGUAUCAUAUGUAACCACACAGGUGGGCCUAGGAGCCUGUUGUUAACUUGACUGCAUCAUGUGUGGGUGUUUUUGUGCAAUGUAAUUGUCUUUUUAGAUAUUCAAUUACACAAAUGAAACAUGUGCUACAAUUCUACAACUGUUUCAUGUACUUUGUAGGGUCUGAAAUGAAUUUACAAGGCAUGUUUUAUAUACAGUUCCAGAUCAACAUUUGAUCAACACAGAUGUCAGCAUGUACAGUAUAUUGUGUUUAACUCAAUGUAUGAUUUUAGCACUAAUAUUUAUUAAUUCAUGUUUGCACUUUCUAUAGUAUUUUAAAUCAUUUUGUUUGUCAGGAGGCAAUGUGCACUGUUACAUUAGGCUCUUGACUUGUGGAAGAUAAUUUUUGAACGCUGCCAAUCUAACAGUACAGCAAUACUACUGCACCAUCUAGUGGUCAAAUCAAGUACUAUGAAAGCGUAAUCACACGACAGUUCAUUUUUUAAAUGUAAUUAUAAUCUUUAGUGGGUGUGAUGAAUAAUCUCUCAAUUGAAUUGGUGUUCAUUUUUUAUCAUAAGGACAUUUGAAUGCAAAUAAAUAAUACCUUUUUCAGAAGUCUUACACAAUCAUUCAUGAAAUCAAUUUAUUUUGGAGGCAGUAGCUAAAUAGGCCAUACAUUCCACUCUGAUAUGUCUACCCAAAUUAGUUUGGACGUGCCUCCAAAUCUGAUUGGUCUAUUCGAAGACGCUUCUGACGAGCUGUUAAAGGAAAC